UGACGCAUCAAGUGGUCAUAUGCAGCCAUGGGGCAAAGAAGACACACUUGUGCAUGCUUUAAUUGAUAUUUUGGGUUAAAAACCAUCCAAAAUGCACUUUGAGUUGGUUUGGGCAAGAUAGCCUGGAAUCUGCAUUGUAUUGGCAAUUUGUCACGUUCCCUGGGGAUAUCCAGUAUUAGCAUUUUAUUAUGUCCUCUGGUCAUUCUGAUUCAUAUUUCAAUCAAAUCUCAUGAGCCCAGAUUGUGCUCAGCUACAGGUAUUCUGCCCUUGUACCCAAAAUUUGAACAGGAUUGAGUUGAGCCUUUGUAGUCUUAUGCUUCUCGAUUUUGAGAAACAGAGAUGUAGGGAGAAAGCUUUUGCACAAUUAUUAACUGACUCGGCAGAAAAAUUCUUUGGAAUCCACCUCAAAUGGUGCCAAUGAAAGGGCCAAUCAUGCUGAAAAUUAUUAUAUUUCUAAGAUUUCAACAAUUCAUCUCCAUUGCUCACGAAAGGAAAAGUAAACGAAAUGAUUAAAAAUUUUGCUUUCAAUUGUUUAAGGGCCCUUCUAGGAAAGGGCAAGUAAACGAAAUGAUUUGAAAAUUUUGUUCAAUAAAAUAGUCUAAAGAUGCAGUGAUUCAAGCCAUCUUAGAGCCUUGACAAAUUAUCCCCACAAAAAUGUCAACCUGGAAGAAGAAUUCCUUUCACGUUAAACAAUCUUAAAGCCUUUUUGUGAAAUCAUCAACCAGACAGCCACAAUUUACAUCUUCAGCUAGUUUUCCAAGACCGACGGCCGCAGAUUAUAUCUCAUGGAUUCUGAGAAAAGCCCAGCAACAGAAUUUAUCAGCGCUGAUGCUCAUGAAGCUAAGGAUCUUAUUGCCUCCGGCUAUAGAUACCUAGAUGUUAGGAUGGUGGAAGAUUUCAACAAAGGCCAUGUGGAUGUUGAGAGCGUCUUUAACAUCGCUUACUUCAUCAUGACCCCAGAGGGUAGGGUGAAAAAUCCUCAAUUUUUGGAGCAGGUUUUGUCGGUUUGCAGCAAGGAAGAUGGUCUCAUUGUGGGCUGUGGAACCGGGGACAGGUCUCGUCUUGCAACGGUUGAUCUUCUUAAUGCUGAUUUCAAACACGUAAGGAACAUGGGAGGAGGAUAUCGAUCCUGGCACGAGGCUGGAUUGGGCGUGAAGAAAGAGGCUUGAUGGGUUAAUUUGGUUACUCCAAGUGUCUUCAAUUUGUAUCUUUGUUUAUAACUAGAGUUGUUUGAGAGUGACCUUUCAUUGCUAAGUAUAAAAUUGCUCUAGCCAUUGGAUAAGUGGAAUGAUGCUUCAAUAAUUGGCUUGA